UGGAAAUUAUUAUGGUCUAUCUUCUCGAGCCAACAUGGCGGAAGAAUUUGGACCACGUUAUGGCAAUAGAGGAGGAGGUUUCUAUGAUAAUUUCGGAGGAGACACCCGUGACCGUGGAGGGGGAAGACCUGGGCAGCGUCGUGGUCCGGUCGCUUUCCCUACCGAGCCGCCAUUUACAGCUUAUGUGGGGAAUCUUCCUCCCUCAACUAUUCAAGGAGACCUUGAUAGGAUUUUUGAAGGUUUAAAGAUCCGAAGCAUUCGAUUAGUAAGAGACAGAGAUACUGACAAAUUCAAAGGAUUCUGUUAUGUUGAGUUUGAUGACCCUGAUUCACUACGAGAUGCCUUGGAGUUUAAUGGAUGUUACAUAGAAGGAUCUCAAAAUCCUCUUCGAGUAAAUAUUGCUCAGAAGAAAAGAGAUGGUGAUCGGCCAAGGGGCGGGGGUCGAGGUGGAAGGGGUGGAGGCCAUCAAGGAGGAUUUGGAGGUCAUUCAGACAGAGGUUUUGAUGACCGAGGUGGAAGAUAUGGAGGCUAUGAUCAAGAUAGGGGACGUCAAGGAGGUUAUAGAGGGGAUCGUGGUGGUGAUGAUGGUGGUGACUGGGGUCAUAAUAGACAAAAUUUUAGUAGAGGUGGAAGGGGAGGAGCACGAAGAGGCUUUCAAGACAGGGGAUUUGAAGAAUUUGAACAACCAGACCCAGAGGAUCUAGCCAGAAGGCCAAAGUUAAACCUCAAGCCUCGCACUGUUAAAAAAUCAGAGGAAGAUGAACUUGCAAUGUCAACAGAAAGAAUGAAAAUAUUUGGAGCAGGAAAACCAAGAGAUGAAAAAACUAUUGAAAAGAAAGAACCUUCAGUUGACAAAGAAGAGAUUCAAUGUACUCAGCUUUUGAGCUUCUACAAACAAUCAAGUAAACACCAAAUGAAUGUACCAAAGAUCUGUGAAGUUUUAGCGAUUCUAUUCACUUGACAUUGUUGUAUGGUCUUUCUUAAAACUAGGGCAGUGUUGGUAMAGUUUUACAAAUUGGACUUAUGUUGGAUCCUUGAAACCAUACUGCUCUUGUUACUGCUGUAUAGUCGCGACCUUUAUAACAAAAUUGAAAUCCACUACCAGGGGUCAUUUUUCAAUCAAUUAUUUCAAAGAUGAACCCCUAAAUGUCAGCUGGUAGAGUUUUCGGCUGUAUGUAUUUUGUUGAAAUGUGUUGCUGGCAGUGAAGUUUUUAUUAAUGUCAACACACCACUGAGGUUGAACACUGUUGAACUCAUUUACUAAAUUGAUGUCAAUUUUGCUAACUUACUUUUAAAAAGCCUAACAAGUGUUCAUCCCAAAACAGAAAAUCAUAARGGGAUUGACAUGUGUAAUUACUACACAAUGGUCCAGAACAUUCUUAACUAAUUAGGAUAUUUUUGAUACCAUAUUUGGUUGUCACAGCUAAAUUCACAAUGAGUUUUUGCCAAAUUUUGCAUAGGUUCCUUCUUCAGUGUAGUAGGAACUCUUUAAAUAUAUAAAAUUUAUGUAUAAUGAAAGCUGACAAAAUAAAUAGUGUACCACA